AUGUCAUCUGAAGGUCCAACCUUGUGUAUUUUGGGAUGUGGUGUUAUGGGAACUGCUGUUCUACAGUCUCUUUUAAACGCUGAAAAAUUCGAUGGUUAUCCUUCAAAGAUUUAUACUUGCACAGUCUCUGAGGAUUCUGCUGCCGAUUUACAAGCAAAAUAUCCAACGAUUAUUUCGACUUUUAACGACAAUAAAAAUUCUGUUAAAAAUUCUGAUAUAAUUUUGUUGGCCUGCAAACCAUUUUACACUCAAAAAAUCCUUGAUGAGGUCAAAAACGAGAUUAAAGAUAAAUUAAUCAUCUCAUUAGUUGCUGGUUGGACUAUUGAUCAGUUAUCUACCUAUUCUCCUUAUGUGUCUCGAGUUAUGACGAAUACUCCUGCAAAAUUUGGUUGUGGUAUGGCUGUCAUAUCUUAUCCAACAGACCCAACUUAUCCAUUCUCAGAGCACAAUAAAUCUUUAGUUUUUAACUUGAUCAAACCCGUUGGUGAUGCCAUUGUCUUGCCUGAGAAUUUAAUGGAUGCUGCCACUUCUUUAGUUGGUUCGGGGCCUGCUUUUUGUUUAUUGAUACUAGAAUCUCUUAUUGAAGGUGGCUUGAGUUUGGGAAUCCCCUAUGAUGAAGCCAAAAAAUGUGCAAGCAAAGUAAUGGAAGGUACAGCUAAAAUGGUCCUAGAAACAAAUGAACAUCCUGCUCUUUUAAAAAGUCAAGUUUGUACACCAGGUGGUACAACAAUUGGAGGCUUGAUGGUAAUGGAAGACAAAGGGGUUAGAAGUGGUAUUGCAAGAGCUGUUCAAGAAGCUGCUGCUAUCGCAAAAAGAUUGGGUAAAAAGGAUUAA